AUGUCGACGACCAUUCCUGAUCCUCUUCCUUUAUCUCCAUUGCAAGCUUUCAAAUCUCCUAAGCUUCAUCCUAUACCACUCUUGAUCUCGAACAUGGUUACUACGAGAAACAGGAGCUACACUCAUCCGGCAGAGGGCCACGAAGUAUCACCUCACGUAGAAACACUGGCCGAGCGCCGUAUGCGAUGGUCAAAUCUUCUUCAGCGACAACACUAUCAGCCUCUCAUUUCCGAGGUUCUCGAUGAAGAGCUACCGAAAUACGAAAACAGCACUGUCCUGGAUGCAAAAGACCGAACUACACUCAUGCGAGAAUGUGCGCUGAUACUUGCUUCCGCACCCUUGGUAUUUUCCGCAGCUGUAGAUGGUAAUCUAUUACAGCGCAUGUAUGGGGACGCUGAGCUGCGAAAGGAGUAUGAAGUUGUCCAAGAGCGCGCACACAGUCAAUCCUCCAUUUACAUACACUUACUUGCUGAUGACCAUGGCGUAGCACCGACACCAAGGCAAUACAUAAUCAUCAGCAAACUAGUCCAGGACUAUCUGUCAGAGGGACAAACAUCUCUACAUGCCUGGUACCUUGACAACGUCGUACCACCUUUUGUAGGCGAAGCAACAUCCGCUCAAGGCCACCCGACACGCAUCGAAACACUGCGCCGUUUUUGCGAAGGCGUCCAGCGUCGAUACAACGAGACGCCUGAACUAUUUCGCGAUGUACCCUUCCAAUUCCCACCAGGUGAGUGCGGCUACUCGAAAAACUCACAUGUCCGUCUCGCACAACACCGCGCGCAUCAAUCGUCAAACUACAUCAUGAACCUGGUCGAAGAUAUCUGCACAUAUCUGCACCGAACCAAGCAGCUUGAGCAACACUUUCGCAUGCAUCAGUUUAUUAUUUACCUGAUCUUUAGGCCCACGCAAGCCGCUAUCGCCGAGAUCUUUUGCUCCGGACUACUGCAGGUUUGGGUGGAGAAUGGAGGUGGAUUCAAUGCGUACCCCGCUGGUCGUAGUGUUGCAACUGCUAGGCGACUCAGUGCGGGCGAUUGGAGUACGCAUGAGGACUGGAGGGAGCGAGCUCGGGAGUGGCAGAAUGCGCUUGCGUGGGAGCCGGUGGGGGUUAAAGAUGCAGAGAUGGCAGAGGCGCAUAGUACAGGUAGCGUCGACGAAGACAGAAAUCUACUUUGUUACAACAACCACAUACUCAUUAUGCCACACACAAACUCCUCGUAUCAGCACGCAAAACAAACAGCAGCUCAUUCAUCAUGUACACCCUCAUCCGCCAAUGCACACACCAAAAUCCACCUCUCUAUCAGCAUGCGCAACGCCCAAGAUACCGCCUCCACACGUGGCAAAAACUUACCACACGCCCUUUACAUUCUCAAAUCACACAACUCGACCACACAUCCAAUCAAUGACGCGGACAUCCUCGCGCCCCGGCCAUUUACAUGGAACGACCUCACCAGCACGCAAAUCCGCUCGCAUCUAUCCUCCCACUCGACACUAUCGCACACAUCCCCGUUCCUGUCAACGCACCCCGAUCCCUCGCGACCUCUGGCUUGUUUGCCUUUGGAUAUGUAUAGAAAAGAGUGGAAGACCGGGGUGGAUGUUGUUAGGAUUGAUUCGAGGACGUUGCGACCGGCUUGGGCGUGUAUGGAGGGCGGGGAUAAGGUUCCGAUCUGGGUUGAGCAAGCCACUACACAUCAGGACAUGUUGUCAAGUUUAGCAAGUUCUGUUGAUGCACCUGAGCCGAGUGUCUGGAUCUGCGUCGACGAAGUAAGUGAUAUAUUCGACCUCAAAGAUGGCAAUGGGGAGUGGCUAGCAUGCGGUAUAGUACCUGCCAGAAUGAUCUGCACGACAGAGGUUGUGACAGAGACGGACUUGGAUUUGUGGAUGGAAAUUGCGAAGAGGCCGAGUGUGAUUGCGAAUAGGAAGGCGCACACGAUUGCGCAGGAUGCAGUGCCGGAGAGGAAGAGUUCUUUGGUGAUAGGGCGUGCGGUGGCGAAAGGGAAGAAGAAUAAGAGAGAGGAAGUUGUGAGUGUACUGCCGAAAGAAGAGAUCAAACAGAGAAAGCAACCGCAGACGCAUCUUCCUGUACCAACACGUCCUGCACCGCCGAUACUACGACGCAAACAAGAUCGGCAUCGGCAUCUUUCUGUGAUCCUGGAAGACGUACAGGCUGGCGAAAAUUGCGAGUCAGAAGAUGCUCAAGACCUACCACCCACUGUUACGGCACAAAUACCCAGGAUAACCAUUACGCCGCCAUCGUUGCCGUACACCCCAGUCUCCAAGACAUAUCUUCAAUUACCCGCGAGCGCAGCGAUAUUAGCCAGGCUCGAGGAUAUGCAAUCAACAGGCGCAGCGCUGAAGGUAUUGAUUGAAGAAAGUCGGGUGAAACAUGAAGCAUCAAUCGCAACUUCCCGCCACCAGAGAGACAAACCAGAUCUGAGAAAAGAUGUUUGGGCAAGGAAUAUGACGAUUGGGGAGAUGCUGGUUUGA